AGAGAGCCACAAGGGUGACGCUGACGUGGAGGGAUAAUUGCUUGUCGUUUGAGAUAAACUCUCUUCAUUAUUAUCUGAGCUUCGCUUAUCAUAGAAAGCCACCAUCGACCAAUUCUCGACGGAUCUGCAAAGUGUUUUGAUUCCAUCCAUCUUCCUCUUCUUCUCCUUGUACGAAUCAGUAGUUCUAUAUUUUUCAGACAAAAGGAAUAUCUAUGGGACCUAAAGCUGGAACCUUUCUUCUUUUCUUGCUGGGCUUGACCUUUCUUUCUGACGCUAGAUCCUUCCUCCCCUCCACCAUCUCAGAGGAAGUUUCCAAGAAGGAAAACGUUUGCACUCUGUGUGAGGAGUAUGUUAACUCUGUCCUCACCUACCUUGAGAAAAAUGAAACACAGGCUCAGAUACUAGAGGACCUUCAUGAUCAGUGUUCCCAUAUCCCCGGUUUUGAGCAGCAGUGUUUAUCUUUGGUUGACUACUAUCUCCCUCUUUUCUUCUUGCACCUUGAGUCCUUUCAGCCUCAUUAUUUCUGCAAGACGAUGAAUCUCUGUGGUCACCUCGUAGCUCUCGUAGAGGAAGCUCGUCAGGAUACUUGCGGUGUAUGCCACAGGACUGUUUCUGAGAUUCUCAUCAAACUACAAGAUCCUGACACACAGCUGGAUAUUAUUGAGCUGCUUCUUAAGGGAUGCAAAUCGUUCAAGAACCUUGAUUAUGAGAAGAAGUGCAAGAAGUUGGUGUUCGAGUAUGGACCUUUGAUCCUCGUAAAUGCAGAGGAGUUCCUAGUGAAAAACGACAUCUGCACACUCUUACGCGCAUGUCCCAACGAGCAAACGGUUCUAAGGCUGCCAAGCUUGGCGGAUUCUUGAUUGUUUAAAACGAUGGUGGAUUGCUAGGAACACAAGUUGAUGUGUAUUGUCCAUAAGAAUUGUUGCUGACUUUUGUAAACUUGGAUUUAGACACAUACUCUCUCCCUUAAACGUUUAUUUGCGUGCGUGUAAAUAAUAAUCGCCUUAAUAACUGCUUGUAUUCUACAAAAUAUACUCUUUAUUUUUGUCUUCACUCUCACGUUUCUUUGUUCCAUGUUUUUUCUUGAU